UGGGAGUUGUGGAUUGGCGCGGCUGCGUUUAUGGCGGACCCGGACGGUGCUGGAGGCGGUGGGGCUGGUCCGGCCCUAGGGCGUGGGGCUCCCUCUCCUCCCGCCUCCGCCGGUGACCCCCCCAGUGUCUCCGCAGCUCCCGGGGCCCACGAGGAGGUGGUGGAGCAGGACUCCGAGUUUCCGGUCUCGGACCCUGAGCCGGGCGCUUCGGCUGACGCUGACAUGGAGCUGCUGCGGACGCUCCUGUCCCGGACCCUGGGGCUUGUAGGGGACAAACCGGAGCCGGUGCUGGACGAGCUGAGCCUGCAGGGCGUGAGCCGCUUCCUGAAGAGUGACCGCUGUAAGAAUGUCGUGUGCAUGGUGGGCGCUGGCAUCUCCACCUCCGCCGGGAUCCCGGACUUCCGCUCCCCUGGCACUGGGCUCUACUCCAACUUGCAGAGCUACGACCUUCCCUACCCUGAGGCCAUCUUUGAGAUUGGUUUCUUCAAGAAACACCCAGAACCCUUUUUUGCCCUCGCCCGUGAGCUCUACCCAGGGCAGUUCAAGCCCACAAUAUGUCACUACUUCAUGAGGCUGCUGCAGGACAAGGGGCUUUUGCUGCGCUGCUACACCCAGAACAUUGACACUCUGGAGAGGGUGGCGGGGCUGGACCCGGAGCUGCUGGUGGAGGCUCACGGCACGUUCUUCACAUCCCACUGCCUGCGGCCCUCGUGCCGCCAGCGCUAUGGCCUGGCCUGGAUGAGGGAGCGGAUUUUCUCCUCCCUUGUCCCUAAGUGUGAGAAAUGCCAGGGGCUGGUGAAACCUGACAUUGUGUUUUUUGGGGAGAGCCUCCCCUCACGCUUCUUCGCUCUCCUGGAGUCGGACUUUGAGAAAGUUGACCUGCUGCUAAUCAUGGGCACCUCGCUGCAGGUGCAGCCCUUUGCCUCCCUCAUCAGCAGGGUCCCCACCAGCACCCCCAGACUCCUGAUCAACAAGGAGAAGACAGGACAGAGUGACUCCCUGAUGUCCUUGAUGGGCUUUGGUGGGAUGGACUUUGACUCAAACAAGGCCUACAGGGACGUGGCCUGGCUGGGGGACUGUGACAGUGGGUGCCUGGCUCUGGCUGAACUGUUGGGCUGGAAGGAGGAGCUCGAGGAGCUGGUGCAGAGGGAACACGCGGCCAUUGAUGCCAAGGGGAGGGACACAGAUGGGGGGGAUCCCCAAAAGCACUGGGUGGAUGAGGACAAGGAUGGGGGCAACCCCAGAAAGAGCCUGAGGGACAAGGCCAAGGCUCAAAGGGAUCCCAAGGAGAGCCUGGGGGACAAGGAUAAAGCUCAAAGUGACCCCAAGAAGAGCCCAGGGGACAAAAAGCACCAGGGGGACAAGGACCAGGCUCAACAUGACCCUGAAGAGUCCCGGGGGGGCAGCAAGGACCCUUCCCAUAGCACAGGGGGGACAACCCAAAGUUAAACAGUCAGAGAGGAGUUUUUGGC